AUUGAGAUCCACAUUUCGGUGGUCAACUUAUGACUUAUUAAUUUGUUCCGAUGAAACAUCGAUCGAGUAUUUUGCAAUAAAAACAAUAGCGUAUAAAUCUGUUGUAGACGGACGUCUGUGUCAAGAUGAAGAAAUUACAGAAUUUUUUUGACAGUAAGAAAACGGAGCACAAGUUCAAACAAGCCGGCACCGGGCACAGAUUGGACGAGCAGAGACAAAUGCCCGUUGCCACAAACAGACAGCCAUCAGCAGCACCGAGAGUGGCCCCAGCAGCCAGUGCUCAGCGAGCUGGUGAGGCUGCCCUCGCUCGGCUGCAACCAGACAGGCCUUUAUCUGCAUCUGCCAGAUCAGCCAGAGCGAAAGCCUUGGCUGAGAUCAAAGCAGAGAAAGCGGCGGCAGGACAAAUAUCUCAGGCGUCGGCAAGCAAGACAUUUCCUCCUGAGCAACCAUCCUUCCAUGAUGACCAAGCUCCAGUGUCCGUCAGUGGCAUCUUCUUUGAGUGUCCCUUGGAAUGUUCAAGUGUGUUUCCAAGAUCCAGUGUGGAUGAACAUCUACAAGAGUGUCUACUCACAAGGCUCCUUCCAGAAAAACCCAUCGAAGCCUCAGCUAAGAUGAUUCACACACUGAACAAAGACAAGGAGAAACGUCUAGCGGGGAUUGAGAUCAUGUGCAAGUAUAUCGACAAUGUGUGCAAUAAUCCAACAGAGGAGAAGUACCAUAAGAUACGAGUAGGUAACAAGGCAUACACUGAGAAGGUAGCGAGUCUUGAAGGAUCUCAUGAGUUCCUGCAAGCUGUGGGUUUCUUUCCUCGGAUGCUGCCUCAUCAAGACCAAGAGGAAAAUUUCCUUGUCAUGUCACCGGAUGCAAUAACUAACAUAGAACGUCUACGAUCAUCCUGUGACAUCUUAAGAAGCACCGAGCCCGUUAAAGCCACCCUCCACCGGGGUGUGAAGGUGUAUCAAGCGUCCACUCACGCAACUCGGUUCCAGCUCCCUCAAGACUUCUACAGAAUCACAUCAGAAGAGGUCAAAAGAGAACAACAACACAGGACAGAGGAAAUUGAGCGCAAUUCUCAGCUGCGAACAAAAGCCACGAGGGAGGCAGAGAUACAGAAAAAUCUACGUCGAUAUCGCUACGCUCUCAUCAGAGUGCGCUUCCCUGACGGUAUUCUUCUACAAGGAACUUUCCAUGCCACCGAGAAGCUAUCAGCGUUGUUUGAGUUUACCAGAAACAUGCUGGUGAAUGACUGGCAGCCGUUUGUCCUUACCGAUGCCACAGGGAGGAAGUUCAGUGAAGAGAAUUGCAGCCUAGCUGAACUCAGAUUGGCUCCAGCAGCUGUGGUAAACUUUUCUUGGGAUGCAGCCAUCAUGGCAGAGAUCACCGCUGCGCAGGGUACCGUGCAGCAGAAGGAAUUUCUCAAACCGGAACUCAUGUCGUCCAUCCAAACGCUAUAAAAGUAAUCGCGCGGCUUUUGCGCCUAUUUACAUUUUGGACAAUUUUUCUGUGAACAACAUACAACAAGAGAUCUUCAUGUCGACUGUACAAGAAGACUUUGAUAAACUGCACGAGAUAAACGGAUUAAUAAAUUUAGAGUAACAAAGUUUAAUUUCUGAUUAGUUUUUGUACCAUGGAAAUGUUCGCUACACGUUCAAAAGUCCUUAGUUGAAACAGGCUGCUUCCGUUCAGAUCGUAUGUUGUUCAUUUUAGUUUUUCUUCUGGUAUUCCUCUACUUCGCUUCUUUGGUUGCAAGUGACGCAAAAAAUGACCACCUGUGAGCCCUAAUACUGAGCAGAUUUGACGAACCUUUAAACUACCUUUUAACUGUUUGAGAUGGACUCGAUCCUCAACAUUUACGUUUGCAAGAUUUCUCAGAUUGAAACUAGACUACAGGAAUACUCCAUUGGACUGUAAACUUAAUGUCAGACUUGUGCAUCACUGACAGUAAGAGAAAGUGAACACUGAGUACACGGAUUUGCAAGAUUGCUAAAACUGAAACAAGACUACCACAUGGACACUCCAUUGGACUGUAAAGAUAAUGUCCAACUUGUGCAUCACGGCUGUGUAGUGACAGUGAAAGAUAGCAAUUUUUUAGUACGCAGGGAUUUGUCACAGUUCAAAGACCCAUCACUUCAUCUGAGGUGUGUGUAUGUUUUUGUUUAUUAUAAAUUUGUUGUUGGGAAACCUUUCAGUGAAACACAUUUUUCUUUCAAAGGUCACCGCACCUGGUGCCCAGUAAGUACACACAUUCAGUAAUAUUAUAUAUAAAAUUAGAAUAUUGUUAUUGCAUCUAGGAUAUAAAACAUUAAUAAACAUUGAGGCAAGGUUGAUUAAAUCAUGCCUUCAGUAACAAAAACCAGGACGAUUAAAAAAAAAAAAUCUGGGUGAGCCGUAAGAGAAGGAAGUGUAAACAUUUUAAAAGGCCUUUAGGCCUAUAGACAGCAAAUAACAAACAUGGAGACACUGCAUGUAAUGUACAGGUUUAGGGCCUACAAGGUUUUUUUUCUAAAAGUUCCCUUGGUAAGUCUGCUGCUACCUAGUGUUGAAAGUCGUGAUCACUUGGGCAAGUGUAGGAGAAUGUUGGGGACACUGCAUGUAAUGUACCAUCACAAGGAUUUUUUCUAAAAAUGUGCAUGCUCAGAAUGACUUUAAAAAUUGAAAAUUUCCCUGGUAAGUCUGCUGCCACCUAGUGUUGAAAGGCAUAAUCCCUUGGGCAAGUGUAGGAGAAUGUUGGGGACACUACAUACAAUCUAGCUUACAAGGAUUUUUUUCUAAAAAUUUGCAUGCUCAGAACUAAGUAAACAAUGGAAAGUUUCCCUGAUAAGUCUGCUGCCCCCUAGUGUCCCUCAAGGCUCUCAUUCUAAUAACGGCUUUUACUUUAUCUAACCUAUGUCUCAAAAAUCUAUUUUGAGAGAGACAAUCCUUUUAUCCCCCAGGGUGAGCCAGGAAUAAAGAAUUCCUACUGUAGCAUUGUGUUCUCUUCAAGCUCGGUUUCAUAUUAUUCUUUAGCGGGCCAUGGUGACAAAAAAAAAUUUAGUUGGAUGCAAAUUAUCUUGAAAUGUGAACCGUCGCCAUGGCACAGAUCAUGACCUUUAAAAUUCCUUCGAUAAAAAAUUGCGUAUUUCUUAUUGCAUAUUUUGAUUGGAGCAAAGAUGUGAAUGGUAGUAAGCAUCCUUUAAAGUUAUUUUGCCUGAAAUGUCCCGUUGAUCAGAAAUCAAUAAAAGUAUGUCAACAAUUUUGAAUCUUUAAAACUCGCAAGACAAGUUUUGGCAAUCAAAUUUCUGUAGGGUCUGUUUAAGGGUUCUGCAAUUGGCAUUUUGUACCCACUGUCACCUCGCUAAACGUGGAUAGAUUUGACAUGUUUGAUGUUCGUAAUAGUACCAUGGCAGUUUUUGUUGGUUUCUUCAAAAGUAGACUCUGUGUUCAACUGAAACUUCCUCAGGUGAUUUUUAAUGUAGCUUUAUUGAAAAAAAUUCUUUAAAAAAAUGAAUCAGUAUUACGUUGACAAAAACCAAUCUAUGACCCUGAGACCUUUAAAUGUUACCACCAAAUUUGAUGAAGUUAUCAGAGGAUGGGAUUGGGAUCCAAUGCUGUUCAUUCAGUAAAAGAACUUUGUUAAGAGAUUUAAGAAUAUUGACUGGUCCAACAGUAGGAGGGUUAAAAUGUUGGAAUACUCAUGAGACUUGCACAGUCUACGAAUAAAUGAAUCCAUACAUGAACCACAAAUCAUGCCUGGUCGACAACCCUUUGUACAAGUUCAGUCAUUGGUAUUCAUACAGGAGUGCGUAUUGAAUUAUGUGCCCUGUACAGUAAUAUGAUUCACACAUGGGAACUGGGAUUCGGUAAGACAUGAAUGUCAAAGCUGAUAAAUCAGAAAAAUUAGCAUUUUCAUUAUUAUUAUUUUUUUUUUUUUAGGGGGGGGGGGGUGUAUAACAGCCUUUUACCAAAGGUGUACAAAGCUAAUUCUGCUUCACUUUCACCCAUGAGUAAAUGGGUACCUGCGAGGGCAGAGAUGGUUCUUGUGUUUGAUUUGGGCUUGGUGAACCAUGUACUUGGCAGCACAUGCUACAUGUAUAGACCUUUAUGACGCUGUCACCAUUUUGGUCAAGUGCCCUGUUUCCAAUAACAGUAGUAAAUGCUAACAUUCAUUGCGCAUGGUACCAGACUAUUAUUUCGUCCAGCCU